AUGCAUAUGAGUCAGUGGAACAUUCUUUUUGUUUUUCUGCUAUUAAGUUUUGUUACCAUACAAUUGAUCCAUGCUGGCAGACAUGGGCAUGGUCAUGGCCACGGUGGUUCCAAUCAUACUCAAUGUCAUCAAGCUCAACAAUUUUUCAAUCAAUGGUGGCCUCAAUCAGCCCUUACCAAUGCUUUUUAUACAUUAUGUUAUCGAGUAGGAGCUACACAAGCUUGGACUACUCUUCAAGGAUUAUUAGGUGUUACAGCAACAGGAGCAUUGGAUCAAGCGACAUUUCAAGCUCUUCUAAGCAAUAAUAAUCAUGCAUUAUUGGCACAACAAUUACUUGCAAGUAUUACAACUCCUUUAUCCGGCAAAUAA